AUGAAGUACGCACGCAAGAUGGUGUUGGUGCCUGAAGACACAUGGCAAAGUCUACAGGCCACCAAACAACGUCAUCGUCAGACACUUCACACCCCUCUCUUGGAAAAGAAACGUCUCCAAAAUUUGGAAGAGAUGGACGCGUUGAUGCAGAGGUCACAGCAGCCUUUUCAGAUGCGGGAACAAGAAUAUAACCAACUGUUGCAAUGCAUGCCAGAGUUGCAGCGCCAACAGCACAACAACAACAACAACAACAUAAAACCACUACAACCCAAAGUGACACCACCACAACCACCGCCAUCACCAUCAACGAUGGUCACCUUCAACGAUGGUCACCACAGUCAUGUCCCUCAUGAAAUGAUUGGAAAUCCUCAACGAUGGCAAUGGACGCAGAAGCAGCAGCAGCAGCAGCAGCAACAACAUCCUCGUGCCACACCAAAAACACCCAAUACCCAGUUCCCCCUCCCCAAGUUCUCCCCACAAAGUCACAAAGAGAAAGGAAGAAGGAGGCGGCGGCAGAUGGAUCCACAAGCUGAAGAAGAAGAAAAAGAUGAGAUGCCAUCCCCAACUCCUUUGCGACAGCUGGAUCCACAAGUGGAAGAAGAAAAAGAUGAGAUGCCAACCCCAUGGUUGAUGACCCCACCUCUGUCUGAUACCAAACAGGACAGAUUCAUCAACAGGCGAGGAGAUCCUCAGUCAGAAAUUCUGGUGUUAGACUACAUAGAGGAACAACAACAACGGCAGCAGCGCAAAAAAGAAAAUAACAACACAAAGACUGUCGUCCCACAAGACAAGAUCCCCCUCUCUUUUAAUGCCGGGCACCCGUGUACGUCUGCACAAAAAACUGAACUGUUUACGCUGGACCGGUUGGUGACAGGGAGAACACCUCCUAUGUAUCGGAUCAAAGAUGAUCAUGGUGAAGUCCUCAAAGGAACCUUUUACCCUGAAGAAAUACAGCCCAUCUUGAAAUCAGACGAGGGUGGACACAUCCGAUGA